CUUUGGCACGGCGUCCCAUCACGCAACUAGCAGCAGCAGUGGUCGACUCGAGCGAUCGCCAUGGAGGCGGAGGCGGAGGCGAAAGCGAAGGCGACCGCCAGCGGCAAGGACCCGCGUCGUCCCCACGGUGAGCCGCCGCCAGAGGCUGCGGAGGCGAGCAGCAAGCGCGUGGAGGGCGGAGGCGACGGUGCCAGCCGGAGCACGGCGAAGCGGGAGGCCGAGCAGGCGGCGGCGGUGGAGGCUGGUGAGGGCGUUACAAAGCCGCUGCCGCUGCGGCACGAGCGAGUGCCGCAGCCUCGCGACGUCUACAACGAGCAGCUGGAGCGGCUCUGAGCGGGUAUGGUGCCGCAGCCACGGAGCUUCGCUCCCAUUCCCAUCACAGAUCCUACUUUCCCCCAAUCCCCACGCUGCUCCUUUGAUAUAUUGUUACAGCAGUAGCUACAUACCAUCUAUGUAUACCAUCUAUGUGUACACGCGAAUUGUAUGUAUGUGUACCAUCGAUUCUAACUC